AUGGGAUGCUUUCCGGUUUGUUUCGGUCGCCGGAAGAAUCGCCAACGUCAGAAACGUAGAGAAUCCGAUCAGGUUAGAGCAAAUGUAUGUGGAUCUGUUCACGAAGUGUCUACAUGUUCAGCACUUGGAAAGCUUUUGAUUUACUGCUCAGGUUCAAGUAAAGGUGGACUGUUUAACGAUGUUCAAGUCUCUGGUCACUUUGUUCACAGGACCCGUUUCUCUAGGACUUCGGGAAGGAGCUUCCUUCCUCUGCAGUGUCGGAACGAUGACAUUCUGUAUGUUUCUGAUCCUUGUGAGCAUUUGGAUAAAGGAGGAGGAGAAGAUGGUGAUUUGGGAUUCUUCCGUGGGAUUUUCAAAUCGUUUUCAAUGUCAAAGGUGAGGAAGUUGCUGAUUAGGAAAGGGACAUCGUUUCAUCCCACAGAGGUUUGUCCUUAUUGCAAAGCGAAGCUGUGGAGUAUGCUUCAGGCGAGGAUGAUACCUCAGAGUGCCAGCUGUAGGUUGGGGGCUUAUGAAGAUAGCAUUGAGUAUUAUGUCUGCCUCAAUGGACAUAUGCUUGGAGUUUGUACUCUCUUACCUUUGGACUACCUCUACAGAUAUGCUCAUUUUGGAUUGUGUCUAAAACAGCAGAGUUCUGGUUUUUUCCUUAAGAGACAAGCAAGUUCACAGGUACGUGCUUCAAAAGGUUUCCAUGUUCUCAUUGGUCGCAAAUGA